UACAUUGAUUUCUUAUUUUUAAAAAAUGAGUAUAUUGAUCAACUCUUAAUUUUUUCAAAUAUUAAUUACACUACUGAAUUUUUGAAAUUUAUAUAAUGCAAAAAUUAACUAUUUCAAGUUAUCUUAAUCAAUUACAGACAUUUUAGAACCUAUAAUGCAUCCAGAUUUGUCACCUCAUUUACACACCGAUGAAUGUAAUGAUAUAACAUUAGAAUUUAUGAAUUGUAAUGUUGAACACAAAUUUUCAAGAUUUUUUGGAAGAUGUGAUAAGGUGUAUGAUCGAAUGGUACAUUGCUUCCAUUUAGAGCGUAAAGCUAAACAACUUCAUAACAAUGAAAAUGCAAUUAAACGUCAAGAUUUUGUUAGACAAAAAAUUCUAGAAGAAAUGCGUCAAGAUAGAGAAAGGGUCUUAUAAAUUAAAUAUGCCUAUUGUAAUUAAACAAAAUGUUAGGAACAGUUAAAUAUAUAUUAACAAUUAUAUAAAUUA